AUGAUGGGAAGAGAGCAUCUCAUUAACCUUUACCACCUCAAGAAUGAAGGUGUUGUCGUGGUCGCCAUAGCCGAUCCCCACUUGCCUUCCCAACACCAAGUCUUGAAUCUUGCAAACUCGUUCGAUUGGCCAGUUCAGGUCUUCUCCAGUCACAAGGCGCUGCUGGAUAGUGGGAUAUGUGAUGUGUUGGUUAUUUCAACUCCAAACAUGACUCACUUUGACAUAUUGAUGGAUAUUAUCAGUCACCCAAAACCGCACCAUGUCUUGGUGGAGAAGCCACUCUGCACAACUGUUACAGACUGCAAAAAGGUCAUAGAUGCUGCUGCAAAGAGACCAGAUGUUCUAGUACAAGUUGGGUUAGAAUACAGAUACAUGCCGCCUAUCGCUAAAUUGAUUGAUUUGGUGAAAGAUGGAGUUUUGGGACGAGUCAAGAUGGUUUCCAUUCGGGAACAUCGAUUCCCGUUUCUAGUCAAGGUUAACAAUUGGAAUCGGUUCAACUGUAACACCGGUGGUACACUUGUCGAAAAGUGCUGCCAUUUUUUUGAUCUAAUGAGGUUAUUUGCCGGUGCCAAUCCAGUCCGUGUCAUGGCAUCUGGCGGCAUUGUCAUAAAUCAUAAAGAUGAAAUAUAUGAUGGAAAGGCGCCUGAUAUAAUGGACAAUGCAUACGUCAUUGUUGAAUUCGAAAAUGGUGCUCGGGGUAUGCUUGAUCUUUGUAUGUUCGCUGAAGGCAGUAAAAAUGAACAGGAGAUAUCUGUUGUUGGUGACAUUGGGAAGGGUGAGGCAUUUGUACCAGAGAGCAUUGUUCGCUGGGGAACGCGCGUAGAAGGUCGAGAUGGCGUUAAAACACUGAAAGCUGAGGAUGUUCGCAUAAAAUACGAUGGACUGCAUCAUGGUUCUAGCUAUUUGGAACAUCUUCAAUUCUUGUUUGCAAUUAGAGCAAAUGGUGCUCAAGCUCCAGCUGUGAAUUUGAAAGAUGGACUGAUAUCGGUUGCAAUAGGAGUUGCUGCGCAACUGUCAAUAGAGAAGGGUCGAUUUGUAACAAUGGAUGAGGUCAUGUAG